AUGAGACUCCAAAAACAAAACCUUCAGCUUCCAGUUUUAGCAGAAUUAGCUACAACAAAUAACAGCUCAGAUGAACAAAUGCAAGCAACAACUCAAGAAGAUCUCUUACCUAAUACAGAAAUGCUACCAAGAGAUGAACUUGCCAUUUAUGGCUAUAAAACACCAUAUCCAUCUGCAA